AAGCUGCUGGGCUCCAAAGGACGUGAGUCCACGCGGACUGCCAGACGAUGGCGCCCUUGGGGCUCGUCUGCACCUCGCCCAGGGCGAAGCUAGUGGCGAUGGUUCGGGACUUUUGCUUGCCGGUCCUUUUCCUAUAGGGCGGACAUCAUGGUCCGACCAAAGGGACGGCCCUGGCUCAAGCGGCUCGAGGGCCGCCAUUUCCGGAAAAAACACGUUUUUGUUUGUUUUUCCGUAAAUUCAGUUUUGCAUGGUUUUUGGGCGUGAUUUUGCAUGACAGGUUGCCGGUGUUGCGUUUUUCUCACGAUUUUCACGUUGUCGGUCGUGUUUGGAAAGAGCUUCCCCAAGCACGUGAGCCUUGUGAAGGCGAGAUUCGGGGACACUCUGGGGUACGGGGCGGGAACCGCUCGCGGGUGCAAAGGCGUGGUUUCAGACUCACAGUUUUUCUUGACCUCACGUGCCCUGUGCCCAGACUUCGACGUGCAGAUCUUCUCGCAGCGCCGCGAGUUGCCUUUUUGUCACUUUUGGUUGGCCGCUUGCAGGUGGAUCCAAUUCGUGCUACUGGGGACUCUUUGGCUGGGCACCUGUGCGGAUUGGUGUCAACUCGGCCUUUGAGCAGUGUUUCAGGUUUGGUCCUGGAUUUUGAAGGUCGUGUUUUCGCGUGCCAGGCUUUGUCUUGACAUCGGGGCAUACUGUUUGGGUCCCAACUCGCCAAUCUGUCAGGAUUUGCGCGACUUCGAAGACGUUCUGGUUGGGCCCAACCUUGAUCUCUUUGACCCGGUGAGGCCCGUGUAUCUUUGGAAAUCGUGAACUCGUUGAGCCAGGCACUCCGAACUUUUGAGCUUGCGCCUCGAGCUCCACGUUCCGGAUGAGCGCACUCUGGGGCCUUGGCGAGACGUCUGAUGCACACGUGUGGACCCCAGAAACCCCCGCCCUUCAGCCCCUGGCGGCCCGGUGCCGAUUUCGGCUGCUUGUUUUGCAGGAUGUGGGUCAGCCAGUCUGACGGAUGGACGCUGCGAAGCCUUGCAAGGCUUGGCCCGACCGACCUUCAGGCCGCGAGUG